UUUUUUUUUUUGUAUUUCUCCUGCAGUCAGCAAUAAGCGUUCCGUGCGAUUAGUACGAAUCACACAACAGCUAUGGUCGGCGUGAGUCCGUUUUAUCUGUUGUGUACAACACUGUUUUUGUGUUUUUCCGAUUGUUUUGUGUUAUGUCUCGAACGCGACCAACGAAACCCGGUAAACUCGCCAGCCAAAAACGACUCUCCCAAUCAAAAGUAUCCGUUUGCCAAAGGAUACUAUUCGUAUUUCGUCCAAGUGAACUGGCUAACCAACGGAUAUGUAUUUGAUCCAGAGAUAGAAUACGACGUCCCGGCCGGUCACGAUGUAACACUGGAACCGAUAAAAGACUUUUGCCAGCCCAACGAAAACCCCACCGUGUGUGAAGAUUUCUCAACACAGCAAACCAAAACGGGAGUGCAAAUUAUCAUCACCGACGACUUGAGAACUAAAAUUUUUAACGAUUCCGUCGCUAUAUUCAGGUUGAAGGCGGUAGACUCAACGGACCAAGCAACGGUCGGAGGCGAGACGACGGUUCUCAUUAAAAUCGAACAAUCUUUCCACGUGACAGACACUAUACUGAAAUUCGACCGUCCGUCGUACACGUUAAACAUAGCGUACGGCCGUCUGGGUGACAUAUUCAAAUUCCAAGCCAAGAUGGUAGCACUUCAAGCCGAGGACAACAAUACUAUGGCGAACAGUCAACAGUCCAACGACGACGUGCAGUUGAAAGAAAAGCAGUACGAAUUCAACGGCAAUUACGCGUUAGAAUACUUACCAGCCGGCGUUUCGGUGAAAUUGAAGAUCGACAAGAUCGACGGUACGUUAACGGCGAUGGGAGAAAUCAACGAAGGGUACUACGCGUUUGACGUGGUCGCCUCGGACUACGGUCCCAAUUCUACGACCACUUUGGUCGGCAGAUCUACCGUGUAUCUGUUCGUGGACCGCGUGGCCGUGUGCUCUUCGGAAAAUGCGACGUUCAUCAAGGCGUUCACCAAAGAUUACAUGCAAGAAGAAAUCAAACUGGCCACAGUCAUACCGGCCACUGAUGCCUCGAGCAAUUGCACUUAUCGCAUAUCCAAGCAGUUCCCGUCGGGAGAUUUCUUUCAAAUCGACCCCUCGACGGGUGCGGUGAACGUGGUCAACCCGGUGGACCGCGAAUCGUCCGUGUUCGAAGGCAUGGACGAGCCGUCGGUGUUCCUGGAGUUGCGGGCAGACUGUGGGAAAACCACCGGGGAACCGCCAAAAGAGAUCCUCCCGUUUCAAAUGCCCCUGGAUCACAUCUUGUACGACCCAAGAGCCACGGUGGUGCAGCUGGUAAUCGACGACGUCAACGACAACCCGCCGGUGUUUCCCGAAAAACAGAUAACGGUCGGUUAUCCCGUGGCCACGGUGGCCUCGGCCGUCACGCCCAAGUACCUCGUGCAGGUCAAGGCCACGGACAAAGAUGCUGGAAAACAUGGAAAAAUCAGAUUUUUAUUGCGCAGCAACGACUCCGAGGACUUCCUCAUCAAUUCAGAGACAGGGACGAUAUACUGCACUCGUUUGGAGGAAGACGUUGAAAGAAUAAAAGUAUUCGAAGUGUUGGCUAAGGAUACGGACGACAACAAAGAAGGAGGAGGACUCGAAUCCGUGUUGUCGGUGACCGUGAGGCCGCUGACGUUCGAGCACAUCAUCAGGGUGUUCGCCAAGUUCGACGUGACCGAGGAUGCGCAGUCCUUGGAGACACAGCUUUCCGACAUCUCGGGAUACAAGGUGAUAUCGUUGACGCACGACGUGAUCAACGUGCCUUUCGAUCAGCUGUGGCGGCUGCAAAGGGUCAUGUACGUGUACGGGCUGAACAAGGACGGGUCGCCGGUGCCCGCGUCGGACUUGGAAAAGAAUCUGAAAGGUAACGACAAGAUCUGGACCGUGGAGACGCAUUACGCCCAAGCCCAGCAGCCAGAAUCCGAAGAGUCUUCGUCGGGCACGUCCGUCGUGUACACCCUUUUUUUCUGCACCGCCUUGUCGUUUGUCGCCUUGGGUCUACUCUACUUCGGACUCAUCAAGAACGGCCGUUACCUGUCGUGCAUCUCGAGUUCGGCCACUACACCGCUAAAAGACGACGUGGAAAACAUGAGCCAGAGCAACUGGAUAACGACUUUCAACAGAUCCAACUUGUCUCCUCGGCCGUCAUCGAGAACGCGAUUAUCCGGGAGUAACGUCGAAUCUACAUCAAGGACGAACAAUGUCGAUCAAUCCUCGGACGCCACCUUUAAUCUCGAUUCCAGCGCUAAACUAUCUUUCGACGAAGACCUAUUCAAACCGGACAAGACCGAAGACGACAACACCGUGUUUGCCGCCAACGAAGACAAAACAUUCGUGGCCAUUAACCUUUAAUCUAUAUUAUAAUAACCGGGCCCCCAGACCAAUUCACCGACAACAUGGUAUAGUUGAUUUUAUAAUGAUUACCACUUUGUGUGUAUAAUAUAUAUUAUGUAUUUUUUUUUUUGUCGUUACGGUUACCUCGUUUGCACUAUAUCGGUGUAAAGAUUCAAUAACGUUUUUUUUUUUAGAUUAAGCUAGUGCAAUUUUUAUUUUAAAAAAAACUGCAUUAAAUAUAACUACAAUACAAGCGUUA